AUGGCUGGGGACGAGGUGAAGAGAAAGAAAACGACACAUCGCAGACAUGGUGAACCGAGAUCCUCCAAAUCACAUCCUCUUCCCAACGAUGAAUCCACUGCAAUCAACGCCCCCGCUGCAAACGACCGUUCUCCCGAUAUAAAUGCCUUGCGCAGAGCCAGACUUGCCCAUAUUCAUGACACCCCUCAGGAUCUACCAGAAGACAUGAAAUAUGUAUACGAGAAACGAAUCAAGACGGCGGCGCAUGUGAGCGCGGACAAUGAAAGUCGUCGCAAAACCACUACGGAUCGUUCAUCGGAACGAAAAGAAUCGAGAUCCUCUCAUAAAUCGAAACGUCGCACAGAGGAACACACGCGCGGCGAACGGCGCGAUGAAUCUGAAGACGACUAUGAAUACGUUUAUCCAAGAGCAGACCCAGAUAAAUCCCAUGGUGAUAUCCAGGGGAGGUCUUCUGAUGCCCGAAGACCGCGGCGGCCCUCACCGAGUCAUACAGGGACAAGAAAGAAGGACGAGUCGCGGCGAGAACCUGAACGCAGACAUACCGAGCCGAUACGUGGGAAGACAAGACGUGGUCAAGAUGAGGAAGGCGCGGCCACGCCUAUUGCGAAGACUCACACAAAUACGUCUCGGGGCGAUGGAUCCUCCAGCAAGCACGAAAGGCCGGCUUUGAAGAGAAACGCUACAGUGACGGCAUCGCCAAAGACCGACGCCGCUGGUAGCAAGCAUUCAGAACCCCCGAGUGUUCACAGCCGAAAACCAUCUGGGGUACUUGGAUCGUUCUUGAGCCCUCGACCACCGAUGCCGCAGAAAAAGGUAGCGUGUUUGACUUGCGGGUCGGACGAUGUGCCUAUCCAUCUAUCCGCCAAACUACCAUGCACACAUCGAAUGUGCCAUUCAUGCUUGAAGCGCAUUUUUACCAUGUCAGUGAAAGAUCCCGCCCACAUGCCACCAAGAUGCUGCACGGAGCAGCAUAUCGAUCUCAAGCAUGUUGACAAGCUUUUUGACGACAAAUUCAAAGUCCUCUGGAACCGCAAAUUCGACGAAUAUCACACUAAGAACCGCAUCUACUGCCCAGCCCGAAAAUGCGGCGCCUGGAUCAAACCGAAGUACAUCACGACCGAAAAAGGCCGCAAGGUCGGACGAUGCAAGCACUGCAAAACUCUGGUGUGCGCAACGUGCUCGCAGAAAAUGCACACCACGCGUGACUGUCCGAAAGACCCGGAGACCAAGGCGUUCGUUGAGGUGGCCAAGCAAUCCGGCUGGCAGCGUUGCUACAGCUGCUCGGCGAUGGUCGAACUGAAGGAAGGCUGCAACCACAUGACGUGCCGCUGCACCGCCGAGUUCUGCAUGGUGUGCGGCCUGAAGUGGAAGUCCUGCGACUGCCCCUGGUUCAACUACGAGAACGUCGACGCCCAUCUCGGUGACCCAGCCCUGGUCCAACAGCAGAUGGACCGACGCCGCGACCAGGAGACCCGCGACGAGGAACUCGCCCGCCGCAUGCAACGCAUGGGUGUCUUCGACGCCGGAGCCCACCCUGGCCCCAACACGGCGCAGAACGGGUACUUCGCAUUCGGCAACGGCAACGGCAACGGCGCGGCCGACAAUUUCCUCCAACAGGCCCGAGAGGCCCUGACUGCGAAUUGGCCGCAAGCCGGGCAAGCCGCGCGCGACCUCCUCCAGAACUACGUUAUCGGCAGAGAAAACCGGCCGGCCGCAUAUCCUGGGGACGUGGCUGCUGCGCUGAACGCGAUGAGGGCGCAGCCGCCUCAGCAGGUCAAUGGCAACGUGAACGUUGUCGACGACCACAUGAUGCAGCCGCCGACUCCGACGCGCCGCGGCACAGCCUCGCGUCGCAGGAAUGCCGCCAGAGAUGCGGCCGCGGCGGACGAGCAGCGCCGUCUGCAGGACUGGGCGAAUAGUGUGGCGAACUGA